AUGGAUGCGCAAUUGCAAAAGGACCUGGCUAAGGCACAACCCGUCGCCAGACGAACGGGUGGCUUUGGUUCCGCGUCUCACUCGAGUGCCAACAAGCCUUGCAACGAUGUCCACAUUUUCCUGGCCCGCGACAACAACGAGCCUACCCUGGCCCUGGUCGGCAGGGCGUUGAGCGAGGGUGCCGCCAACGGUGUCAAGCAGAUCGCGGCUUACAACAAGCGAUGCCCUGACGCGAAGCUCGUGGUCAGUGGGUACAGCCAGGGUGGCCAGGUCGUCGGGUAUGUGCUGGGCGACGGAGCUGUCGUUGCGGCUAUGAUCCUUGGAAAUGUCCGUCACACUGCCGGCCACCUGUACGUCGACCUCUCCAUGGCUGACAGCCAGGCCAUCUUCCCACGCCCCGAGGAUCAGCUCGCCAAUCUGGCCAGAUAUGGCGACGCGCUGCACAACUACUGCGUCGAGACGGACCCGAUCUGCAAGAGGGAGGCCGCGGCUGGAGGUGUCGAUGACGAGGAUGCCGCGUCCACCAAGGCAAGCAGUACUGCGUCGAAGACGGCGAGCAAAACCAAGGCCACGGAAACCUCGACAUCGACCUCGCUUGAUGCGGAAGAAGAGACUGCCAGCUUGAGCUUGGCCGUCACGUCUACUGUGGCUACCGACUCGUCUGCCGAGGCCAAAGAGACCGCGUCCGCAGCUACUGCCAGCACCGUCAGCUCGAUGGGCGCUGCGGAAGCCACCACUGACGACUCUGACCCCGAAAGGACCAGCGACGAAGAUGGCUUGGCGACGGGGACUCGGGCGCACCUCGCGACGUUGGGCGGGUAA